AUGAAGAAAUGGACCUGCCCCUUCCACCGAAACUCUUGGAACUGUCUUCGAAACCAAAGAGAUGGUAUGGAUCGGAUCAAUUCGUGGAAAUGGGUCCCCGAUAACUGUGAAUUGCAUCGCAUCGAUCCGUUCCGGUUCUUGAGCUUGAUGAAGAACAGGAAUAUUGGAUUUAUUGGGGAUUCGUUGAAUGAGAAUUUGGUCUCGUUUCACUGUAUUCUUAGGGUUUGCUGAUUCCGGUGCCAGAAAUGGAAGAGAAAAGGGGCAUGGAGAGGGGGUUAUUUUCCUAAAUAUAAUGUUACUGUGGCCUAUCAUCGUGCAGUUUUGCUCGCAAAAUACGAGUGGCAGCCGAAAAAGUCUACAGUUGAUGAUGAAGAUGGUGGAUUGAAGGGGAUAUAUCGUGUAGAUGUCGAUAUUCCGGCAAAUGAUUGGGCCAAUGUAGCUGAUUUCUAUGAUGUCCUAGUUUUCAAUAUGGCCUUGUGGUGGAACCAUGAUAAAUUCCCAAAAGAGACUCCUCUUGUCUUCUACAGCAGAGGAAGACCUGAAUCCGCCAUUGCAGAUGUAGAUGGGGUGAAAGUUGUACUAGAAAAUAUGGUUUCUUAUGUGGAAAAUAAUUUUCAAAGGAAGAAGGUAAUCAAAUUAUGGCGAUUGCAAUCACCUAGACAUUUCCAUGGUGGCAAUUGGAACGAAAAUGGUAGCUGCCUGUUCAGUAAACCUCUAGAGGAACCACAGCUUGAUUUGUGGUUGAUUCCAAACAGUGAUGGAGUGAACAAAGAAGCAAGAGAAAUGAAUAGGUUAAUUGAGGUGGCUCUACACAAGAGCGACAUUCGAUUACUCAAUCUCACGCAUUUGAGCGAAUAUAGAGCAGAUGCCCAUCCUGCUAUGUUGGGGAAGAAAGAUGCGGUUGCAGAAUGGGGACAAGAUUGCAUGCAUUGGUGUUUACCCGGUUUGCCCGAUACAUGGGUCGAUAUCCUUGCACAGAUCAUUCAAUAUGAGUUGGGGAACCCAAUGAUUUUUAUUUUAUUUUUUCGAGAAGGAACAAUUGUCGAAUGGAUGUAACAUUUUAUUUUCUAUUGUAGCUGGAUGCAAUUUUCUUAGCGUUCCAUUGUUAUACUUAUAAUUAAUAUAUAUCUCUAAA